AUGGACAACGUAUACAGCCGCGCAGCGGGCGACGAGGAGCACAUACUCGCAUUGCCAGGAGGACGACAGCUGGCGUAUGCACACAACGGGCCGUCGACAUCACGGACCAUCGUCAUCUUCUUCUCCGGCAUGAUGAGUGUAGGCGUCGCUCCCGACGUGCCGGCGCCGUGCCGCGCUCUGGAGGUACACUGGAUUGCGCCGACGCUGCCGGGCAUGGGCCGCUCGAGCACCCGCGACAUGAGCGUGCCAUACCACGUCGGCCUGGCGAGGGACAUGACGGCUCUGCUGGAGCAUUUCUACCCGGACGGCGCCUUCGAUGCCAUCUACCUCGGCGGCGGGUCGUACGGCACAGUGCAAGCUCAAAUGCUCUAUGGGGCGCCUUACGACGUAUUCCCCGCCGGCCGCAAAGUCGUCGGGUGUGUUCUGCUCGCGGGGUUUUCGCCGGUCAAGUACGACAAGGAAUACGCGAGGGGACUGUCGUGGCAGAAUUGGGUCUCCUUUGGGCCGCCCUCGCAGCUUCCAUUGCGGCCUCUGCAGAGGCUUUUCAGGUCCGUGGUGGCGUCGAAGUUCCAGAAGCUGGACGGCGCCAAGAGCUUUCUUCGCCAGACGAUCAUAGACAAGAUGGACGACGACGAGAAGGUCCAGCUGGCCGAGUGGCUACGCAAGAACGACAGGACCGAGGAUGAGUGGGUCGAGACAACGGCCAAGAUCGCCAUGAGGUCGUGCGACAAUUGGGACGGGUUCAUGGAAAUUUCCGAUGUCAUUCAUUCGGAUUGGGGCUUUGCGCCCGCCAUGCUGGACGACGAACACGCUUCCAAGCCCAUACUGGUCGUGGCGUCGCAGAAUGAUCACAUUGGCGGAAGCAACAAUGGCUGGCUUGUGGAGAACUACAGAUCGGCCAAAUUGAAGAUGGUUCCAGGAGGUCACAUAUCGGCUAUCUACUAUAUGGAUGAAAUCUGGCAGGACAUGAUAGACCUGACGGCAUAG